UCCCGGUGUUCGCUUGCACCCGGUGUCGGGCUGGCGGGAGGUUGGGCGCGGGUUGCUGGACGCCCGUCUCCCGUCUCCCGUCUCCCGCUGAGGUGAUGCCCGGCGGCCGCUGCUUGCACUGGCUGGGCCCCGCCGUGUCCCGGGGCCGGGGCCGCCGCCUCCUCGCUCUCGGCGCUGCCCAGAUGGCGCUCGGAUGCCUGAUCGUCGCCGCCAGCUUCGCCGCCCUGGCGCUCACCUCGUCGGCCCGCGUCCGCCACUCGAGCCCCUUCUGGGCCGGAUUCUCGGUUCUCCUAUCUGGGUUAAUUGGCGUGGUUUCCUGGAGGAGGCCCAUUUCCCUCGUGGUUACGUUCUUCAUGCUGCUGAGUGCUGUGUGUGUGUUGCUGAAUCUGGCGGGAUCCAUCCUUUCCUGUCAGAACGGUCAGAUGGUGAUCUCCCUGCAGCAGUGCCGACUGUACAUGUUUGACCGUGAUGGGGUUUGUAUUUGCUGUGAGAUCCAGGAACCGGGGACAGGCUGCAGUGCCUUCAGUGAGACAUUGAAGCUCAAACCAGUGCGAGAAUGCAGCGCUGUGCGUCUGGCACUAAAGGAUCUUUUGUUCAGUAUAUGUGCUCUGAAUGUUAUUUCCACCAUUGUGUGUGCUCUGUCUUCUGCUCUUUGCUGUAUGCAGAUGGUCACAGCUGAUGUUAUACAGUUGUUUAUUCCACAGAGACGGAGAGCUGCAGACUCUGAGUGUGUUGCAUCCCCUGGGACAUUCCUGCAGCAGCCUCUGGAUUUUGAUGAGUUUAUCUCCCCGAUUCCUCCCCCUCCGUACUAUCCUCCAGAGUACACCCACAGCCCGGAAAAUGAGUCCCAGAGAGGCCUGUGCUUGGAUCCCCCUCACCCAUCCAUCUCUGCCAGGUACAGUGUGGCUAUUAACAGCCCCAGCUCCCUCUUCCCAGCCGAGCUGCCUCCCCCGUAUGAAGCUGUGGCUCGUCAGACAUCAGCAAGUCAGGGGAGUCUGCUAAGUUACCACAGCUUGGAGACUUCACACAUGUCCACUUCCCAUCAGAGCGAGAGGAAGACCUCAGCUGCCUUCGGUACACGAGUGGAUAGUGGCUUACUACUGCUAUCUGAAGCUGCAGAUGUUCCGGAGAACAGCGGUUCGCCUGGGGAGUGUUACUGGGCAGAUGGUUGUCCAGGCAAUACAAGAGCCAUGAUUGUCACGUGCCAGUGUGGUACCUGUCCGGAGCCUGCAGCCUGCAGGAAUUACAGGACCUUCCUCCAGAGCCCCCACAAGGAAGAGGAUGUCACAGCUCCAACACACAGGUGUCCAGGUUGGCAUGAGCACCGAUUGACCGAGAGAGUCAACACAGUAGUGAGGAAAGUCCAACCACCAGUCCAAGAGCAGGCAACCAUUUCAUCUCUCAAACAAAUUAAAAGCUGCUGUGGAUUCUUCAGGCAGUUUCCUUCCCUGCACAUCAGUGGGUCUGCCAGAAAUGGACAGCAAGCUCGAAGGAAAAGUGGCCAAAUAUUCCGAUCCAGGAGUGAUCCUUCCCUCUGUUCCUCCAGAGAAGGUGAGAAGUAUCUUGGUGCAGCCCCAGGAGAUGCAGCACAGUCGGUGGUUCCUGGAUCACAGACCUCAUGUAAUGCUGCUGCACCCCCUGGACCUUGUUCCCUCACUUGCAGCUGCUCCAAACAUUUCCAUCCUGUGAACCAGCAGAAGGAUGAAGAGAAGGUGGGCAAGUGGAUGAAGCAGCAAACCCUGUGGGAAGUCCCCAGCCAGCGACCACAUUCCUUCCUCGACUUAACAACCUACAAGGACACAAAAAUCCUGGUGGCUAAAUUCUUGGAGCAUUCAGACUGCAGCCUGCCCCCUGAGGUACAACAUGUGGUCAACAGCAUCAGGUCUGUCAUUAACUUGGAUGAGUGGCACAUGGAGGAGGCCAUUUACAGUGCCAGUGUCAACGAUCAGGUAAUGACAAGCUCUCAUGAUCUGGUGGCUGCGCCGAGACUGCACUUACAGGAAGACCCACAUCUCCAGAGCUAUGGUGACCUUGGCUCCUCGUCAGUCUCGUGCUACAAUCUGCACGGCCGCAGGAUUGAAGCAGAGCAGCCUCAUGGUUUGAUAGGAGUGAGCAGAGAAACCAUUCUGUGAGGACAUGGGAUGGAGGAGACACUGGCCAGGAUGGACCCUGGAGCCUUUACAGGAACAUGUCUGCUCCUUCAAAAUUACCUUGAGUUUAUGGUGGUCUGGAACUCAGGAUGGAUUCUUUCCCAGACUGAUGAUGCUAUCAGAAAUACCUCGAACCAUUAGUUAUGGAGGACGAGUUCUAACCUCUGUGCAGUCUGGGAUGGUUCUGCUGCUUGACCCUGUUUCCAAGUGUCAUGACCCACCAGGGCUCCACUCUGCUCCUCCCACUGAUGUUCAGCACACUGUUUCUGGAGUGGGAGGCAAUGAGGAUAUUCUACAUCUCCAGGCCAAGAAGUGUGAGCGCAGUGAAUGAGAGGGUCAGUCAACAGUGUAGAGAUUACUCCUGAACAUUACCGGCAGCUCUUCAAACUGCAACAAAAGUAUUAACAAUCUGUGCCUGUGAAUUAGUCAGUGCCAAAGCUCAAAGUGGGCUGGACCAGUUGACCGUAGUUUCUCCCAGGAGGAACUGAGAUAGCCCGUCGUCCAACCAGCCUACAGCCACUUGGUGGCUAUGUCCUGCCACUGCCAGCCCCAGAACAGGCGGAAAUGACUGAUAGAGUUUUCAUAAUCAUAAAUCGAAUAAAACACCAGCCUGUUGUAACAUCCUCUGUUGUGCGCAAGGGAGCAAUACUGCAGUUCUGUGCUGCUGCUGGGUGUAUUAAAUAUUACAGGUGACACCCCCCCCCCCCCCCCCCCCGUGUAAUGGGGGGAGGGGGUUGCGUUCCUAGAAAAUGAUCUGUAUCAGAAUCUUCUGUAACACCAAACUGCAUCCUCUGCACACGUGUCAGGAAAUGAGUCGGAAAAAAAUGGUAUUAUUUACUUUGUUUAACAAAUUCCGUAAAUGAAUUUUAUUCAGUAUCUCAAAUUUUUGGAUAGUGAUUUGUGAAUUCUGUAAGGGUGAAUUUUUGUGAGCCGAACAGCUGUAACACCAGGGUCGCCUGUAUUAAUACAUUUUAGCAUUUGCAAAGAAAAAAAAUGUAAAUUAUUAGUUAACCUAAUGGCAAAUGAAUACAAAGCCUUGUGAGCGAGCUCAGUCUGUACAGUUUGACUCUUAGAAUAUUAAAUAAGCUGAUUUAU